CUAUACUUCCCCCGUCCCUACAAAAACAAGACGCCGAAGAGAGAGAAACAGAGAGAGGGGAAUAGAUUCUCCGUGUCGUCGCCGAGGUUUCUCCGGCGGGAGCCAGGGCUGGGCAGGGCGAGGAGCGGCGAGAUGACUCAUAUCCUUCUCAACCCCGAUUAGAUCUGCACCUUUUCUUCUUUUUCCUCUUCGAUCUGCCGUUGUUUCGUAUGUUCUGUUCUUGCUCUUGCGAUUCUGUUCUUGUCCUUGACUCGUGUUGGGCCGCGGCACGCGGCAACCAGAGGGAGCGGGACCGCGAGCGCGCGGCGGCGCGGAAGCCUAACGCCAAGGGAUCCCAGGACGGGCUCACCCCGGAGCAGCGCCGCGAGAGGGACAAGAAGGCACUGGAGGAGAAGGCGGCCAAGAAGGCGCAGCAGGCGGGGGCCGGCGGUGGGGGGUCCUCCACGGACUCCAAGAAUAAGGCCGCCGGCGGCAGCAAGAAGUAGGCGGCACUUUGCAUCUAAGGAUCCGUGCGGGCUAAGCUGUUGGUAGAUGCAAUGUUUGCUGGGUCAUAAACUUGUCAUCUGCAAGCGUCAGAUACUUUGAUAUCGUGAAUUGGUGGUCAUAAUAAUACAUGGUGUCCUGGUUUUGAGGGUUA